GCUGCUGUCCCAUCAGGAGGACAGUCACUGGAGGCUCAGAGACACAAAUGGCUCAGCUGCUGCUUCUUCUGCUGUUGCUGUGGGCUGACUUCACUGUGGGCGAUGUGCACAAGAGGAUUAUUGGAGGUCAGCCAUGUCAACCAGAUGAGCGGCAGUACCAUGUCCUGCUCAGAGCACGUGAUACUUUAAAUAAUGACGUUGACUUCUGUGGAGGCUCUCUGAUCAGUGACCAGUGGAUCCUGACUGCAUCUCACUGCUGGUAUUCAGAGCCAGGAUGGACUAUGCGUGCAAAUUUAACUGUGCAUCCAGGUCCAGGACUUGAUGUGCCACUGCAAAAUGACCCUCAACAUCGGAUUCCCUUCAUUGACAAUCAAGGCCAACAUGACAUUAUGUUGCUGAGACUCACCACGCCGGUGAAUAACCCUCACACAAUUCCUGUUCCUGCCUGUAAUGAUGCCAAUGCAGCUCGGCUUCGGAAUGUCAACAACCAUGAAUCAGUUCAGAUUGCAGGUAAAGCUGCCACCCAUGCAGGACCUGGUAAUGUAAAAGAUCCUGCUGAGGAGCCAGAGCCUGACCUGCAAUGUGUAGACGUAAAUGUUGCUGAUUGUAGGGUUAUCACUCAUCAGUUUCCCGGCCAGACACCAAUUCAGAAUCAGCACCAUUUCUGUGGACAAGGUUCUGAUGUGGAUGCUUGUGUGGGUGACUCUGGUGGAGGAGUGGUGUAUGGGGGCAAGAUUUACGGUGUCAUUUCCACCAUUGACCAAAGAUGA